AUGAGAAAGGCGCGGGCAUUCUUCUUCUUUUCCGUGGCUAGUUUGUCGCUUCAUGCAGGUUUAUCCUCUGCUGGAGAGGAGAAAGAUUUACGAGCAGAGUCUACUCCUGGUUCCCCCGUCGCUGGUGAUGCACCUCUUUCUUCUGUCCCGCGUACCGAGUCUGCUGCUGCAGGUGCUGCUGCUGGUAGUGGUGCUUUAGAUUUGACCACAGGCCACGGGGCUCUUUCGAGUUUUACGGAAUUGUCUCCCUCUGACUUGGAGGCAAUAGCAAGCCGUUUGAGUUCUCUGGCGGGAUCGGAUGUAUUGAAUGCUGUUGCGGGCCAUGUGAACCCAGAGGAAGGAGGUAUGGAUGUUCAAUUUGUACAGAGGGCUCUUUCUUUACUAGGUCAGCUCUUAGCAACACCUGGUUCUCGUGAGUUGUUGACGGAAGGGGGAAAGGAUCCAGAGGCAUUGUUACGUACUUUGCUACAAAAGCAAGGACAGCCAACUGAAGGGGAGGAAGAGGAGGCAUUAGUUGCUAUUCUAGUGUAUUUCCUUUCUCUUCGUCGUGUAUUGGAAGGAAAUUUAUAUCUUCGCACACAAGUCGGUGAUCUUAUUCAAGAGAAUGCGGAAAAGUUACUCGCUGAUGGAGAUUUCUCCAAUGUCCUCAGCAGCAUCGCCGCCAGCACUGUCUUCCAAGAUUUAAGAGAUGAAGUAGAAGAAGACAUACAAAGAUCCACUGGAUACGCACCCGUUGCUGAGUCCGGUGGUGACAUGUCUUAA